UCUGACUGUGUUAUUCUACAGUGACAGCAGUGUCACACGUAGAGGAUUUCACGCAAACUGGGUCUUUGUAGAGUCUCCCUCAGAUGACCCCUGCUACAGCUACACUGUACUGGACGAACCUUGGAGAGCCACUGACUAUCAGAAUGACUCUGUCUUAAUGUGUGACCGGGAUGUGAAUUGGUUUGGCUGGUAUCGUCUCUUCAUUCAUGGCCAGAGUGCCCAGAUGCCAAACACAUGUAUUGACGAGUACAAAUGUGGCACUCAUGCCCCACUGUGGUUAAAUGGUGAACACCCAAAAGUCGAGGAUGGAGUGGUCACCCGAGGUGUCUGUGGUCACUGGAACAAUAACUGCUGCUAUUACAAUUCUACUCCCAUUAGAGUGAAAGCCUGUCCAGGCGAUUAUUAUGUCUAUGAAUUUGUCAGGCCAUUUAUGUGUGCUGUGGCUUACUGUGCAGAUGUUGGGAACAUCAACACUAUCUAUACAACUAUCACACCAGAGACCAAUUCAUCUGAACCAUGUGGUGGCAAUAUGACAGAUUGGAGGGGUGUAUUACUCAGUCCCCGGUACCCUAAUAACUACCCUAAUAACGCACAAUGCACCUGGACCAUUCACAGCACAGGGAACACAACUGUGUCACUGAUCUUCACUGACGUUGAUUUGGAAACAUGCUGUGAUUACAUCAAAGUAUAUGAUGGUCCUUCUACCCUCCAUCCAUUUCUGGGAGAAAUACAGGAGUACAGGAACCAGUCUUUCAAAUCCAGCAGCAAUGAUCUGACUGUGUUAUUCUACAGUGAUCACAGUGUCACACGUAGAGGAUUUCACGCAAACUGGGUCUUUAUAGAAUCAUGUGGUGGCUAUAUGACAGACUGGAUGGGUGAUUUGUCCAGUCCCUGGUACCCUAAUAACUACCCUGAUAACUCAUAUUGCACAUGGACCAUUCAUAGCACAGGGAACAUGACAGUGUCACUGACCUUCACCGAUGUUGUGUAAGGCACUAUUAGAAUUUUCUAAUUUUGUAACUGAGA